CUGUAGGUCAACCCGUCCUCCUGCCGUGCUGCAUCCACCAACAGCCUCCUCACCCCGACGACGCUGUUUUGAAUCGGUCUCCUCAUCGGCCCCGUAUUGUGUUCCACUGGAUUAAACGACAACACCCAUCGCCUGCGUGUGCGCGCUUUGGUUCCGUGCACUGGCGGCUCGUUUGGACGAUGGCCGAAAGCGAGGCAGAUACGCCGAGCACGCCGAUUGAGUUUGAGAGCAAAUACUUCGAGUUUGAUGGAGUGCGGCUGCCGCCCUUCUGCAGGGGGAAGAUGGAGGAGAUCGCCAAUUUCUCCCUCAGAAGUAGUGACAUAUGGAUCGUCACGUACCCAAAGUCAGGCACCAGUCUGCUUCAAGAGGUUGUGUAUUUAGUAAGCCAGGGAGCAGACCCAGAUGAAAUCGGCCUCAUGAACAUUGAUGAACAGCUGCCGGUCUUAGAGUACCCCCAACCUGGACUGGAUAUCAUACAGGAGCUGACGUCCCCUCGUCUGAUAAAAAGUCACCUUCCCUACCGAUUCCUCCCGACAGCAAUGCACCAUGGAGAAGCCAAGGUGAUCUACAUGGCUCGCAACCCUAAAGACCUGGUGGUGUCCUACUACCAGUUCCACCGCUCUCUGAGGACCAUGAGCUACCGGGGAACCUUCCAGGAGUUCUGUCGCCGUUUCAUGGAUGACAAGUUGGGAUAUGGUUCCUGGUUUGAACAUGUUCAGGAAUUUUGGGAGCAUCGUAUGAACACGAAUGUCCUCUUCUUGAAAUAUGAAGAUAUGUACAAGGACCUGGGGACAUUGGUGGAAAAGCUAGCCCGGUUCCUGGGUGUUUCCUAUGACAAGGCUCAGCUGGAGGGCAUGGUGGAGAGCUGCAACCAGCUCCUUGAGCAGUGCUGCUCCAUGGAGGCACUGUCCAUCUGCAGGGGUCGUGUGGGGCUGUGGAAGGAUGUCUUCACAGUGUCUAUGAAUGACAAGUUUGACACGGUGUACCGACAGAACAUGGGCAAGUCAGACCUGACCUUUGACUUCUGUCUCUGAAGAGCGCCUGACGCCACCCUCCUCUUUCCGACCUCCCUCCUUUCAUUGAUCAACUUCAGUACUGUUGGCAGGUGCACACGUCGUGACAUAACCCACGCUCUUAUAUCUCCUCUCAAUCGGUCAGUCUGAAGUUUGGAUUACAGUACAAGACUUCUCACAGAAUACAAUCUGCAUCAUCACAAAUCACGCUUUUAUGAGUUGACCAUAACAAAUCCACAAUUGUGCAGGAGUUUAUAUUCCUCUGUCAAGAAUUAAACCAAACCUCCUCCACCCCUACCUCCACAAUAUGUUCCCACUGUUGGGUAUGUGUAUCCUGACCAGGGUUUCGAUGUUGUAGUCUUUGAAGGUCGAUUCCAGUUCUUUGAAGCUGAAGUAGUCAUCGAUAUUUAUAUUAAAUCCUAAAUGGUAAACAGGAUUCAAACCACAUAAUGAUAGUUGUGACUGAAAUACACUGAAAAUCACAUGUUAAUGUGGCUGAGCAGAUGCACCGUUCAGGUAUUGUGUAGUCAAACCAUGUCGAAAAAGCAAAAGGGACUGGAAGCUAUGUUAUAAACAGCCACAGUCUGCUGUCGUCAGGUUAAGACACAUUAACUGUUCAAAUAGAGAUAACCGCUCCUAAUGGGUACUAAUGGGGUCGCACUCAUUCACACUGAUAAAAGGUAACGGAGGGAGUUGUGUGAAGUGAAAUCCUGCCUAGUUUUUCUUUUGCUUUCACAAAUCAAUCACUUCAAGAAGUGGACAUGAUUUUACAAAAGGCCACCCUGCUGGCUGAGAGGUGUUCAGACCGAUGCCAGGCUUUGUGAAUUAUUCUUGGUCAGGGCCCCAUGUGACCCGAUCCGAACAUGUUGCCCCUGACAACACAGCUUCCAGGGCCAGAAUCAGGAAGAGCUGGAGGAAGCAGCUAGGAAAGGGUGCAUAUGGGCUAUUACACUUUUUGCAUUUUUGUGCUUCUGAGGCCAUAAGAUGUUUUGCUCUAAGGAGAGCGAGGAGGAGACACUUGACCUGCUCAGGCUGACAAGGACACUUAAGAUGUUGAGGUUCACCUUCCAGUUACGUGUGGGUGUUGCUACCGCUAAAAUAAGCUGUAUCCCAAUUUAUUUUUUUAAACAUUAAAAAUGUAUUUAAAGCAUCAUAAUCAUUAUCAUAAGUUAAUAUGGAGAACAGCUCCUUUUAAAAAAUGGAAGUGAAAUAUUGACAAAUUCUCGAUAAAUUCUUGUGAAAGCUAUCUGACACUGCAGCUAAUCGUAAGUUUGACUAUCUCCUGUUUGGAGCUGGACAAGUUGUUUCCCGCUGCUGCUAGAAGUAUGUGAAUAACUUCAAGGUACUCACUUUUACAUUACACAUAGUCAUGUGUUCAUUUUUGAUAAAUAUAUAUUUAGUAAAAUAUUUAGUAGUGCAUGCAGCUUUAAGUUAACCCAAACACAUUUUUUAAUUCUAAAUGCAAAUCCUUCAGUCAGUCAGUGCUUAGACUUGUGGUUUUCAGUGCAUGUCAGCCAUCAUCAUCCACCAUGUAGGCUACACCAUGAUGGGACAGCAACAGGGAAGCCCACGCUAAUGAAUAAUACGUUUUAUGGUUAAUAACUCUAAAGGUCAGACACAUACACCUGCUAUUUGGUGGCUACAGUGGAAGACAUUACUGCCUCUAAAAAUUAAAAAUAGAAAACCAAACACUGGGGUGAGACACUUCAGGCAAAAACAUUGUUUUUAUACACUGGUCACUUGAGAUUUGGGGCUAUUUUGCUUCCAUAACAUUCUUUCUCUUCAACUAGAGGAAAUAAAACAUCCAACAUUUUUAUUUUUAUUCCAAUAUUUCAAUGAUUUGCAUCCGUAGAUUUAAAUCACAAUACAACUCUUUACAUUGUGUUGACUCAAAUUCUUUUUCUCAUACUUGACAAAAAGUCAGUUAAGCAUCAAUCAGAAUCACCUGACAUACCAGUUUUAUAUUCUGAAGGUUGUGAAAUUUAUUUUAUCAUGGUUUUUGAAAGUAUUUUCUCAUUAUGGAGCAAAAUCCCCUCUGAUAAAACCUUUGGUUCUACUAUGUCAUUACAAUGAAACAAGAAUAUUGAACCUGGUUUUAUCCAGUGUUCCGAUUUUUGUUCUGGAAAUGUAUGUUAAUUAUUUCAUAUUUAAUUCAAUAAUACCUCAGUUGCAUAUUUAAACAUAACAUUUCAGAAAACUCACAAGAAAGUCACAGAAAAUAUUUGUUGGUUUUUAUAGACGACACCAUUUUCGUUAAUAUGUCAAAUCAUUAUCGUUAUGACAUCAGCAGCUGUCCUGCUGCAGCAGUGGCUCCAGGCCAAGUAGACCCACGAAGGUAGGAUGUGACGGGAAGAAGCUUUUCACGCCUAAAUCAACCCAGCAGCUCGUUUUUGAGCUGGGAGAGUCAGUGUUGGGUGAUCACUGUGUUAUCUUAGAUAAAUGGACUGAUAGCAGCACACACAGUGCAGUAGUAAAAAGAUGAUACCAUCAAAACAUUCUGAAAGAUGCUAAAUAUUAAUUAUGAAUUCAUUAAUUGAUAAAAACUUCUACAGGUAGAUCGUUUGAAGGUAUAAUAUGCAGGAUUUGUCCAUUGCUCUUUGUAAACACACAGUGUGUGUGUGUAUGUGUGUGUGAGUGAGUGUAUGUGACAGAGAGAGAGAGAGAGAGAGAGAGAGAGUAAAGGUAAAGUAAAGUGGGAAUCAUGCAAACUAAAGAGAAGUAAAGAUGAGAGGGAGGGGAGAAGAGGUUGAGACAAAGUAGCAUUUCAGGAAAGUUGUCACACAAAAACUCUUGAUGUCAGAGUUAAUGCUCUGCCUCAGUUGACAGUAACUAGAGUUAUCUGAUGGAGAAAUGUCUUGACUUGUUGCUAUAAGUAACCGCUAACUGCUGCUAAAUAACCAGCAGAGAGGUGUCACAUGACAGCUCAUGGUCUUCUCUGGUCUCAGCGCAGUCCGUCCUCCACAGCAUCGCUAGCAGCAUCGCUAAACUGGACAUUUCAAGGUGAUCUGCUUGUUUUCCGCUUGUAGUAUUAAUAAAAUGGUUAAUGACCUGCGAAAAUUCACAAAUUAUUAUUCUCUUUAAUUCGUAUUCAUUUCUGAGCAUCGCCAGGAUGUGAAUGUCUCGUUUUUUUUUCUUGGAAAAAAGCUGUAAGUCUGUACAACAGCCUUCACAAUGGUGAUUUGACAGAUUAGGAAACAUAGAUAUGUUUUGUUCUAAACGACAGUGCGCUCGUGUAAAACAGGAAACCUCUGUAACUUUGUUGGCACAAUAUUGACUAUGGUGGCAGUGCGAACUGUGCAAAUACAUAUUUUCAUUUUGUAUGUGUUUGAUUUAGAUGGAUCGGCUGAGUUUCCCAUGCUCCGAGACAAUCUGUUUAUAGCGAGUAAGUUUAAGUUGACAUUUAUUUGUACACAGUCUUAAGUGUUACUGUUCUGUGUCCACUGUGUUUUUCUAGUUCCCAGUUUGCUUAUGUGAAAGACAGAACUUUGCACCAUGAGUUGUGUACAUGCUUCAUGUGCUGAGGUUACAACUUUAUGUGCAGUGGAACAUUUUGUAUGAUGAUGACAAGCGUUUCUUGACCACACCUCCAACCAACCUCGGGCCUGCACGCGGACCAGGGGCCUGGGUCUCCUACCCUGGGGAGACAUGCAUCAAGGCACCUGUGCAGACAGAAUUGCAGAGAAGAGAGACACCCUAACACACUUUACAGUGUUAUCAGCUGGGGGCUAUGCACCAGAGGGGAGAGGCAGCAGGCAGCAUCUUUGCAGAUAAUACACACUUCCUGUGGGUUACAAGUGACGAUGGAGGCGGAUAACCUUUGUAUGAGCCUAUAUACUUAGGAGUACAUUUUCCUGUUUAUGUGGAUAAUCCUGCAUAGUAUACCUUUGAGGUGUAACACACACUUCUUGAGAUGUAAAACUGGUGUUUUGUAAAAAAAAUAGUGGUUAAAAUAUCAGCACUUGUGAGAUAAUGCUGUUGUGUAGUGGUGAAAACAAGCAGCUGUGUCAUACACAGGUAAGAUACUGUACAAUAUUGUUUCUCCCAUGUAUAAAGACAUAUUUUACA